UGGGGAUUUGCUGCAGACUUUGUGGUGUUCAUGCUGCACUCAGAGCAAAAGAUGCCCAGCCCAGGGGUCUGCUCCGGGAAAGGGAUCUGCUCUGGGAAAGAGGGAUCUGCUCCAGGAAGCUCAGAGCUGUAUAUGGAGAGUAAAGGAUACCAUAAGGCAAUAUCCCAGCAACCUGGACAUGGCUUUGAAAAUGUCCCAGGACCAUCUGGUGUGAUGGAUCAGUCACUUCAGCACGACCAGCUCCAGGGACACCUGCCUCCAGGGAGAGGAAAGAACUGCUUUGCAAGGUCUGAAGGGUUAGCAGUGGGUGCUGGGGAUCAGUCAUCUGUUGUUCAGUAGCUGAACAAUCAAAGGGUGGAAGAAUCUCAUCCUAAUGACAGGAUCUGAGGGAAUGGCUCUGUCACUGUCACAAGAGGGUUUAGUUUGAAAUGAAGAAAAGGUGCUUCCCCAAGAGGGUGCUGGGGCACUGAACAGGCUCCCCAGGGAAUGGGCACGGCCCUGAGUCUGCCAGAGCUGCAGCAACAUUUGUACAAUGCUCUCAGGUGCAAGGUGGGAUUAUUGGGGUGUCUGUACAGGGCCAGGAGUUGAGCUCAAUGAUCCCUGUAGGUCCCUUCCAACUCAGGAUAUUCCAUGAUUCUACAUUACUUGAACCUGUGGAAAGGCACAUUCAGGAGCCUCAGUUUGGCAGAGAAGCAAGAACAAACGUAUACAUUGGUGGUGGUGUAUUUUGUUCCCUGGUCUCUGGUUGGCACAGGCUGGUUGUGCAUUUUGGUGACAGGCCCAAGGCGCCAGGCCCCUGGUAACCCUUUGCAGUUUGCAGGAGCCACUUCUGGGCUGUGUGCAGGGUGGCUGAGCCCCUUAGGUGCCCUGCUCCCCUCAGCCCAUGGCCCUAGGCAGUGUCUCUCCCUAGCAGACUGGGCACACAGUCCCCCAUGCCAGCUCACUGCCCUGGGUAGCUGGAAAGACCAGGACUGACUUGCUGCCUGCACACAGCUCUUCAGCUCCUUUUGUGCCCCCAUUGACCUAUUCAGUAGCCUCUCACCAUGGCUGCCCACUUGGCUCCAGCUGUGCUUGUUCUCUGAGAGAGGGUUCCUGUGUCAGCCAGCAACCAGCCCAUCCACCUCAAACUCCAUUUGGAAGGAUGUGCCACAAAGACCCUGAACACUCACAGCUCACCCUCUUCAGGCAUACAGACCCUUCCACGGGGACAUCCUGGCAGGUAAGCUGUGUUUCAGUGUGGUAGACUGGGGAUGAGGAUGCUGAGGUCAAGGCUGACAUUUUAUGUCCUUAGAGGAGAGGGAAAGGAUUCUUCUUUAUGAUGGAGCGCUUUGUGCAGCACCACGGUUUCUACAGGAGGACAACUCUGCCACAGCUUUAACUGAGAUAAGCUGAGAGAGCUGGGGCUGUUCAGUCUGGAGAAGAGGAAGUUCCAGUAUGUGAAGGGGGGUACAAGGAAGCUGGAGAAGGACUUUUCAUCAGGAACUGGAUAGAUCAAGGGGAAAUGCAUUCAAACUCAAAAAGGGGAAAUUUAAGUUAGAUAUAUGGAAGAGAUUUUUCCCAUGAGGGUGAAGAGGCCUUAGCACAGGUUGCCCAGAGAAGCUAUGGCCCAUCCAGCCCCAUCCCAGGAAGUUUCCAAGGCCAGGUUGGAUGGAGCUUGAAGCAAUCUGGUCUAGUGGAAAGUGUCCGUGCCCAUGACAGGGGGGUGGAAUGAGAUUGUCUUUAAGGUCCCUUCCAAGACAAAGCAUUCCACGGUUCUAUGCCUGUGCAUCUGUGGGAUGCGUUGGGCAAGACUGAGGUGGGCUCUGUCCUUGCCCUGGCACCUUGAUGACACAGGCCAGCACAAUGCUGGGUGCCAGGGAGCUGCAGACCACUCCUUGGCAGCACACAGGGCACAGGAGCUGCCCCUCCAGCACUCUUGGGAGAGACAGCAUGCAGGGCUGACAGGACAAGUGACCACAGUGCAGCAUCAGUGGCUCCUUGAACAUCUCCAAGCAGAUGGGACAGAGCAGCUGCUCCUCCAUCGUGUCAGUGCUCAUCUUCUGAGCCAUCCUGCCACCUUUCCACACAGAUCGUGGCUGGGAAACACUGCUUCCAAGAACAAGAUCAGCAGAACGGAGAGUUGCAAACCCAUCCUUAAAACUCCAAACAAAGUCUGAGAUGAUGAUUUUUACCCAUAAUGGGUUUGUGGCUACACCUGGCCCACACCUGGCCAUGUGUCCUGGGUCUGCCCAAGGUGUCAGCAGUCACCCCCAAGCUGUUUCCACCUGGGCCCAGGCAGGGAUGUCAGACUGAAGUGGACUCCUGCCUGUGUCCCAGGGCCCAGACACAGCCAGGAGGCAUUUUCCACAGAAAAAUUCCAGUCUUGUCCCUGUAUGAAUUCCCACAGAUCUCUUUGGAGUUAUUUCAGCCCAUGGACAUCCUCAGAAAGACUGGCAUCACUCAAGUGAUACAUCUAAGCAAGAAGCAGAAGGAAAACAUUAAAAACAUUUAUCUUGGAGACAGGAGAGCUGGAUUUGGGAAGCUGAGGCAGAACUCACCCCGUUGAAAUUUGUUUCCAUGUUCCAUGCUCUUCCCCAAAAGAUGUGAGCUGAAAUCCCAGCCUCUUCUGUCAGCUCCAGGGAGCACAGGGUGGUGUGUUUCCAAGCUGUAAGGCUCAGGCAGCACUGCCUUCCCUGCUGUUCGUAGUUGAGACAGAACUGCAGACUCCUGGGCAAGUCAAACACGUGGCCCCGAAGUUGAAGAAAACAAACCUGAAGUCAGGGACUUGGUUACUUCCCCAGGGAAAGGAGAGGCUGUGACCUGAGCUGGGCUGGUGUCACACAUUGCUGUGGGGUGAAUCAAGAGAAGCUCAAGUGUCCACCUAUCACCGUGGAGGCCCAACCAGGAAAACAGACUGGGGACACAGAUCUGGGUGCAUCAACAGCAGCAGGGCAGAAGACCUGCCCUUAGUUUAUUUUUCCAUUAUAUAUCUGUGGCAAGGUGACCACCUUGGAUUGGAGAAGGGUAUCGCCACCUCUCCUGCACAUUGGUCCAGGAGGCUGUCAUUCAACCUCCCCUUCUCUUGGAGAAAGUAUUCAUAACAUUGCCAAUAUUUACAAAACAUGGUCCUGUGUUUACAAUUCACCAGCGUGAGAAACUGCACAUUUCUCCUUUAAUAUGAACGCUCAGCAAACCAGGAAAAUUCAUGGCAACAUCCACCAGAUAACCCCGGAGCACAAGCAGAGGGACUAGCCUCAGGUGCUCCGUGUACUCACAGAAAAACACUUCAAAGAGACCCAAAUAGUACCCAACCACUGAGGUAGCCUGCACAGAUUUCUCCAGCUCCGCUUCUCCCAGUGCAUGGACCCAAUGGACUUUCCUCAGCUUCUCCCAGUCAAGCUGGUGGGACCCGGUCAGACAAGGUAGCUCUUCCUCAGGAUGGGAACCCCAGUGGCUCCCGUCCUGCAGCCUCAGCCCCUCCGGGAUGUUCCUGCUCCCAAGGAGAGCCAGGCAGGCUCUUAUCCCCCUGUCCCUGCACACCCCAGGAAGGGCUGCCUGGAGCCAUGCGUGGGCACACACAGCACAUCACUGGGCAGGACCAAGAGAAGAGCUGGCUGUCUUUACCUCUGACAGCAGCCAGGAUCCCCAGAUCCCCAUGGGACUUCCUUUAUCCCCACUGCAACAGAGAGAAUGUUCUCACCAAAGCCCUUUAUUAUCAGCUAAGUUUAAAGCAACUUGGCUUUAAGAUAUUGUUAUCGGCUAGGUUAAUUUUGCUAUUAACUACAAUUUUGCUGUUGUUGUUGUUAAACCGGUGGGGGUUUUUUGUUGUCUGGCGAAAACCUGUUAUGCUUUGGGGAAAAAACAGGAAAACAAACACUGCUCAUACUGUGUGGGGCAAAGCACAAGGAAUUAUUUUGUAUGAUUGUGAAAAAAUAUAGUUUCUCAUAUAAUAAAUAAUUCCUGGUUCACGGAUGUGUUUGGCUUAUGAGCAUCCCUCAUAUGAAUCCCAUCAUGAUCCCAUCCCCUGGCUUCCCUCUCAGCAUCUCCUGGGGAGCUGGGGAUGGUCCUGUCUCCUCCCUGGAAAAGUGUCCAACUUUGGGAAUGUGGUGAGGGAAGGAUCAGCCUGGGGCUCUCACCCAGCUUCACACUGAAGGUCUUCCGGACACAGCAAAGCAGAAAAUGCAGCACCUUCUCUCCAAAUAGGGGCUGGGGACAGGCUGUGGGGAUGUCCCUUCCUGUCUUUUCCCCUGCCUUCCUGCCUUCCUUCUAUAAGCUUCUGUGAAUAAAAAACUUGGGUUUAUGUUCUUUUGUGGUGAUCUCAAAAAUUCUCAAGAAUGUGGGUUUCUUUCUGCUUUUAUUUUAUAUUCUCAUUCAUUUUGCAUUUAUACAAUUUCAGGUGCCUGAAGAAGGCCAAACUUACAAAGUAAUUUGAAACCAGUUUGGGGUUUUUGCCUGUGGUAGUUUGUGGUUGGUUGGUUGGCUGGUUUGGGGGUUUAUUAGUUUUUGGUUGGUUGGUUGGUUGUUAUUUUUGUUUAUUUGUUUUGUUUUGUGUUUUUUUGGGGCGGGUUUGUUUGAUUUUAGUUUUGGUUUUUUUGGUUGAUUGGUUGGUGGUGGGUAUGGUUUUGGUUUUCCUUUGGUGUGGGGUUUUAUUUGAUUGGGUUUUGCUUUGGUUUUUUUGGUUUUUUUUUUUUUUUUGGUGUGUGUUUUUUGUAGUUGUGUGGUUUUUGUUGUAGUUUGGUUGGGGUUUUUUAUGUUGUUUUUGUGGAAUUUGGUUUUGGUUUUUGAGUUUUGGGUUGGUUUGGUUCGGGAUUUUUGUUUUAACGAAGUGCAGAGGCGGUGCACGCCGCGGACUACACCCCCCAGCGUGCACCGCGGCGGUCCGUGACUUUUCAUCUUCCAUUGGUGCAGAGCCGCGCAGGGGCGUGUCCAUUCCCGCGUGGCUCUAAAGCUGCUCCUUGGGACGAGGUCGCUCCUUGGAGCGUGAUUGGCUGGAGGCGCCACGCUGGGCGGGCGGCGUUGGCGGAGCGGGUGAGGCGCGGAAGAGUCGCCGCGCGGCCAUGAUGGCGGGCGAGGAGGAGCUCGGGGCCGGGUGGCAGGACAUGGACCCGGCUUCGACUCCCACGUGGGCUCUGGCACUGACCCCGACCUCGGCCUCGAUACCCUCUUUGUCUCUGGCCUCGGAGUCUCUCCAAUCCCUGCAGGACCUCACCGGCGAUGGAGGGGUGCGCAAGGAGCAGCUGCGCCCCGGCACCGGUCAUCCCGUGCCCCCAUCCGCCUCCGUGGCAGUGAAGUACUCCGGAUACCUUGGAAAUUGGAAUAAACUCUUCUGUUCAAACGGGAACAUCAAGUAUCCAAGGCUGAUGAAACUUGGAAAAGACAUCACGCUGUGGGGGCUGGAGAUCGGGCUGCUGUCUAUGACCAAAGGAGAGGCUGCGCUGUUUGUCCUUGCUCCAGAAUACGCCUACGGCCAGCGGGGCUGUCCUCCCUCCAUCCCCCCAAACACCACGGUCCUCUUCAAGGUGGAGUUGCUGGACUUCAUAGACUCAGAAGAGUGUGACACGUUCUUUGAGUUGACUUAUGAACAGCAGGAUAGACUUCCUCUAGAAAAGGUGUUGAAAGUGGCAGCCACGGAGAGAGAGUUUGGCAACUACUUCUUCUAUAAGCAGUGCUUCAAGAUUGCCAAGGACAGAUACAAGAGGGCACUCUCCAUCCUGGGUCGCAGGUCUUCCAGUAAGGCAGAGCAGAGCCAGAUCAAUGCUUCCAAACUGCUGCUGUUCCUGAAUCUCUCACUCACUUACCUGAAACUGGAAUGUGCUGACCGAGCUUUGAAAUACGGGGAGUUAGCCUUGGAGAUGGACCAAGGAAAUGCCAAAGCGCUGUUCAGGUGUGGCCAGGCUUGUCUCUACAUGAGGGAGUACAGCAAAUCCCGGGAUUUCCUGGCCAGAGCUCAAUGCAUCCAGCCCUUCAACCGUGAUAUCAACAAUGAGCUGAAGAAGUUGGCAAGAUACUACAAGGAGUAUGUGAAAAUGGAGAAAGAAAUGUGCUGCCAGAUGUUUGACCCUCUCAAUUCUUAUGGCUGAGAAGAAAUCAAGGACUGUUCCAGCUGUCCAGCUCUGGGCACAUGGAGAUCUCAGCAUCAUAUACAAGUUUUGGAAAAAGGGGCAGGAGCACUGUCUUACUUUGAGAGACUGAAGUGAAAGUUCUGUGUUUAUACACAACUUGAUUUUCCUGAAGUUUGGUUUGUUUGCCAUGUUUUGAGGCAGUUUCCAGAAUAAUUAAGUCCUGCUGUUGGAGAGAGGAAGGGUCUGAGUAAAUUCCUUCUCUUCUCCCAUGCACAAAGUUUGAAGAAAACUCUUUCCUGAUGUCCUGCCUCUUGCAGGUAGAUUCCAGGCUGCUUUCAGAGAAUUUGUAAGUGGGAGGAGAAUGCCAUGAAGUUUUCUAUUUACACAGGUUGUUCUCAAAAAAAAUAUGUUUGAUAUUUUUGUUCUGAGGAAAUAAACCAAC